AUGAAUAUGGACGAUAAUAUUGUCGCGGAAGACAUUACGAGGCACAUGAAGGCGUUACAACCACAUGUAAAAGGUUCAAAGGGUGUCCUGGCGUAUCUGAACGAGACGCAAGCCGAAAAACGAACGGAUGUGAACAAAACUUUCUUGGCCAGUACGAUUCAUAGGUUUGUUUAUGUUGUUGAAAGCGUUUGUAUACGCGAGGGAAGAUACUUAUUGAUGGAGAGUUUACGUUCUAGUGCGAACUUGCAUAAUCGACGGCAGGAAGAGGAUAAAUGCUGGAAAUUACGUCACUUGGAACGAAAGUUGGAUACGUCGAGAGAUUGGCAAAGGGCUGGUAGACGGAGUCGCAGUAAAGAUAAGAGACGAAUCUGUGAAAGCAAACGUCGAUCGUGGUCAAGUCGAAGUCGGAGUCGAAGUCGGCAGGAACGAAAGCAGUUGAGACGCAGUCGGAGUCGUGAUCGUAGCACUGUCAAUGAGUUUCUUGAUGAGAAGAGAAAGAUUGAAGAUGAACGCAGCUACUGGGCACGAAAGAAAGCUGGAAAGGUCAGCAAACUAUGGGAAAAUAUGCAUUCGGAAGGAAUGGUGUCUCUGGAGAACGCUCCUGACUUUAGUGGUGAAGAGUCUGACGAUGAUGAUGUCAAAGCAGUAGAAGCGAAGGUAUCGAUGUCACCCGAGCGCCAUAAGAAAAAACACAAGAAGCACAAAAGCAACAAGAAGCACAAAAGCAACAAGAAGCACAAGAAACACGAUUGA